CAUGGAGCAGUGUUUACAGGUGAUGCUGUUUUAAUUCGAGGUUGUGGUCGAACUGAUUUUCAACAAGGAAGUGCAGAUAAACUUUAUACAUCAAUACAAACAAAAAUAUUUACAUUACCUGAUCAUUAUUUUGUUUAUCCUGCACAUGAUUAUACAGGACAAACAUGUUCAAGUAUUCUUGAAGAAAAAACUCAUAAUCCACGACUAACUAAAUCACGAGAAGAAUUUAUUGAAAUAAUGAAUAAUUUGAAUCUUAGUUAUCCAAAACAAAUAGAUAAAGCUCUUCCUGCCAAUGUGAUUUGUGGAUUACAAGGCGACAUAUAA